AUGUUGGAACCUCUCGCUGCCUCCGUCCGCCACUCCGUCCUCCCCACUCGCCCUCUCGUCUCUCACCUGCUCGUCUCUGCGUCUGCCGCUGGCAUGCUCGCCCGCUCGGCCAGCCACCCGCUUGUCUCGGACUUCUUCACCCCGCAUCCCAGGCGCGUCGACAAGAAGGGGAAGGGGAGGGCUCUACCGGAUGAGGCGGACGAGGUGUGCAGCACCGCGCUUCCUCCAACUUGGAUGCUCCCCGAGGGGGGCCGGACAACACGUCACCCAGCACCAUGUCCCGCCCGACCUAGAGCUCGCCGCUCCUCCUACCACAAGCCGAUCGCCUCCGGAAGUCGCGCGCACCUGCACUCAGUAUCCCACUGGACCACUCAGUUCGAAGUUCCGCAAAGACGGCACGCUUCAAGCGGGACCGCUGUCCAAGUGUCGGAAUCACGACGACCCCCUUCGUCGCGGGACACGUCGCCGCUCAAUCGCGUCAUCCUCCCAUUCAUCUACCGGGAUGACCCAGGCUCCCCGGACGAUGCGUGGAAGGUAUACCGGGCCUGUCGCGACCCGCUGCACUGGUCGCUUGCCCACAAGUUCAUCGCGAAGCUCAUAAACGAGGUCACUCGAGAUCCGCACGGCACCCUUUCUCCUACCGUCCUUCGUCUCUGGGGCGAACGAAUACAAGACGCUCUCUACCACAUCGACCCUGGAAUCCCAACCACGGAUGCGGCACAAGCUCGCUGGCAUGGGCUUCAUGUCUGUGUUGCCGCGAUGCAGGGGCAGCUCGCCGGUGCCAUGGACGGCGCACGUCACAUCUUGGACCUCGCUGGAGAUGACGAAACACGACUGGCUCAAGCUCUUAACGUCUACACCGUGUUGACCCGAUGCCUCCAUCAAUACGCGGGCCCAGAAGCCGUUCUAGACUUCUUACUGCAGGAUGGCGAUCUGGUGGGCCGCUUCUUCCUUUCUAACAGCUACGACCUCCCUGGUUUCCUCCGCACCGUUGCUCCCCGUUUCACGCACGCCAUCUCGGAACUCCUUGGGUCCUUCCACGACUCGGUGGGGUGGCAUCAACGAGCGCUACAGGAAUGGACAGGGACGCAGGCUGCACUGGGAACCGUUGUGCUGCUCCGCUCGUUGAUCCGGUCGGAACGACCACAAGAAGCCCUGGCGAUUUUGAGGACAGCCCUAAGCGCCUCCCUCUCCAUCCCUUCCUCCACCGCUCUCACUCUCGUCCGAGCGCUCACGCACGCGAAAGAUUACGACGACGCCGCCCAAGUGCUCGCCAUUCUCCCGGAGCCGGGUCUCGAACACUCCAAGCAGUUGUACGCAGAUUACCACCGUCACGCCUUGUACCUCCACUCCCGCACGGGGGACGCUGCCUCCGCGAACAGACACUUCGAUGCGCUAGCGCAGGCCUCUCUCAUCACUCCUCAACUUCAAGGCAACCUCAUGCACACCUACGCCGUCAUCGGCGAUGUGACCACCAUCGUACAGCUCUUUAAUCGCUUUUUCCAUAACUCGUCUACCGAUGACGUCAAGGAAAGGCCACGACCUGACCUUAUACACUACACUACCGUCAUCCACGCCCACGCACGAGCCGGCGAUAUUGAAGGCGUCAAUACUUGGCUCAAAAGGCUUUCCGAUGCAGGACUCAAACCAGGCUUGCACAUCUAUAGUAUCGUGCUUCAAGGCUUCGCGUUGAAGGGGGACCACUCGUCUAUGACAAAGCUUUUGGACAAGAUGCGCGACAACGGUGUCACGCCCAAUUGCGCCAUCUGCACUACUGUCAUCACCACGCUUGGGACCAAGCGGGACUCCGCUGGUGCGGAGCAGCUAUACAACCGCGCAGUUGCCGAAGGUGUCGUUCCCGACAGCCUUAUGACCGUCGCGCUCAUGAACGCCCAAAUCGAGUCCGGAGCUUGGAAGAAUGCACUGCGCACCUACGACGAGGAAAGGAACCGCGGCCAGCCACUCAACAUCAACACUUUCAACGCCCUCCUCAAGGCCAACAUGAGCCAGCUGAACGGUACUCACGUCCGACCGAACUCGCACACUUUCGCGCUCCUCAUCCGGUCUGCGUGCGACGCCGGAAACGCUCACAUGGCGGUGCAACUGCACGACCAGAUGCUGCGAAUGUCGGAACAGGGUCGUCUCGAGUUCAGGCCGAACAUUUACGUGUUCACCAACCUCCUCAAGUCGUACCUGAGCAAGGGCAAGACGAGGAUGGCGCAGUGGGGCCCCCGGCCUGCCAAGGGUUUCCUCGACUCCCUCGUAGACGACCCUAGGAAGGAGGACUGGUUGCAGACGGUCGGCAAGCGGCGGCACAACCUCGACCUCAUCUACUCCCCCCUCCUGCGCGCGAACGUGGAACGGAUGUGGCACAGGGACGCGCAGAAGCUCCACGACGAGAUGCUCUCCAAACACGGCCGGCCGACGAUAGGCACCCUCACCCUCCUCCUCGACGUCUACCGCAACACGCGCAACAUCGACGCCGUCGAGCUCGUCUGGCCCGAGAUCCGCCGGCUCGCGGACGGGCUCGCGCGCGAGAGCGCCGCGCUCCUCCAGUCGACCGCGAUGUCCCGCGCGGGCCGGCACGCGGCCGUCGCGCGCGCGUGGAAGGACGCGCAGGACGCCGGCGCGGUCUUCGACUCGCACAACUGGAACCACCUGGUGAUCGCGCUCGUGCGCGCGGGCGAGCACGCGCGCGCGUUCGGCAUCGUCGAGCACGUCCUCCUCCGCCACCGCCGCCACCGGAGCCACGACGAGUGGGACGCGCCGCAGCAGCAGCUCGCGGCCGGCGAGGAGCCGGAGCCCGCGCCCGAGGACGCCGUCGUAGCCGCGCCCGAGGCACCGCUCCGCCGCGUGGCGCGGCGCGCGGCGGCGCAGAAGAUCGGCCGCAAGCACAUGCGCCAGGACGUGCGGCUGCGCGCGGCGCUCCUGGACGACGAGCAUCACCACCACGACUUCGAUGCGGACGAGGACGCGGGCGGACGGACGGCGGACGUCGCAAAGUCCCUCCGCUUCCUCGCCGACUUCGGGCUCGUGUGGGACGUGUGGCGGCCGCACCGGGUGACGCUGACGCUGCUCGCGCGCGCGCUCCUCCGCCUGCGCAGCGGGGUGCCCGUGCCCGCGCUGCCGCCAGACCAGGUGCGCGCGCGGAGCCAGUUCGACUUCGUCUCGUACGACCGCGGCGUGAAGGAGCGGGUGGGCCUGGAGGGGCGGAUGGCGAGCCGGGAGGCGGCGAAGAAGCUCGCGCGCGAGAUCGAGGAGCAGUUCCCGGAGGCGGCGCGGCUGGCGACCAAGUACGCGGAGCGCUUUCAGGCGUCGAAGCGGCGCACGGGCGUUGAGAAUAGAUGA